GAGAGAGAGAGUGAAGGAGAGGCUGUGUUGUUGAAAGAAGGCCCCAUACAGUAUGCGUUAGUGUUGGUACUUAUUUGGUGUCGUUGCGUGGAGAGACUCACACAUUCACUAUGUUGCUCUCUCUGCUGUUGCUUCUGCCGCUGCUGCCGAUCUGCAGCAGCCAGGCUAGUUUUUAUGGGACAGUGAUGACUUACUAUCCAAAAAACACUAACGCAGAUGGAUCUGUCACGGUGGUCCUACGCUAUAAGCUAAGCUUCCGCACUUGCCAAGAGAUUGGGUUGUGGACCUGCGGCAGUGGGGAUUGUGGGAAUGAGAGUUCUUUAGUGCUAAGCAUAGUGGACCAGAACAGCAAUGGAGCGGUGUGUCAGAGAGAGGGAAUCAUGACUCGCCAGGCUCCUAGCAACGCUCCGUUUCAGCUGGUUUUGAACGGGAAUUCCUGGAUAGAGAACAUACAAAACAUCUCUCGGUGGAGGGCUGUGACUCUGGUUGAACUAAGGAACCGGUCGGACACCGGCCAGGCCAACAUAUCACCCCAGACCACCAUCCUGCCAGAUCUGAGAGUUCCUUCAAACUGUCAGAGAGAUUUCAGCCUGUUGGCGUAUGACCCUGAUGGAGAUGAAGUUAUAUGCAGUUUUGGAGACAUAACAAUACCCUCCUGUACUCUGUCAUUCAUCCCAGUAAGUAACAGUUUUGAAGGCGUGUACGUCCAACAGCUGUUGAUGGAGGACUUUCCCAGGCAGAAUAUCAGCCUAACUCAAACUGGCGGUUUGCAGUCGAUCAUAACUCCCAACGAAGCUAUCAGCCAAAUACCUGUCCAGUUUGCUUUUAGACGGGACCCUGCAGUGCCAUCUUGCACAGAAGGACUCUAUCUGCCCAAAUUCCUGCCCCCAACCCCAGCCAACAGAGCUGAGCUGUACACCUCUGUCAAUCACACCCUGGAAAUCAGCAUCAGUGCAGAGGCAAAUGUCUCCACAAUAUCUGAGCUGCUGUUCAGCGGGCCGUACAACGCAGUCCAGACUACAUCAGGAACAGGACAGUACACCCUGAGAUGGACGCCGUCUGAACAAGAAGAUGGAGAAAGCCACCCGAUCUGCUUUGUUGUCCAGGCAGUUUCCAAUUCCAGCACGUAUCAGUCUGAGCUUCGAUGUGUCGUUGUGAUUGUUGGAAACGGUGAGUCAAACCUUUCCUUGUUUUUACAAAUGUUUUGAAUUGCUUUUCUGAUUUCCUGGAUUGAGAAGUUGAUGUGUAAUCUACAUUCUGUCUAUCGGUUCACU